UGUGAUUUUAUUUUGAUAGGACUUAUUAGGCUCACAAUUCUCUCACAAACUGCUUCGUGUUUAAUUAUUCAAUUUUUUUUUUAAUUUACCGAAUCUUCUUUGUGUCUUUCUACUUAUUAUUUUUAAUUGAAGCCUUGGUCACGUCCUGGCUUCGUCACAUCCGGCAGCGGCACAGACUGGAGAGGAAAACACAAAUUAUAAUAAUAAAAUAAAAUAAAAAUAGGAAUAUUUUAUUCUUGUUUCUGGUGCUGCCGAGACCGUGUCAGUAGGAAUCUUACGAUAUCGAGUUGUCCGCAGAGAAACUCAAUCCGCAACGGAACCGAUUUCUUUCGUGUUUUUUUUCGGUGUGUUUGGAUCGGCAGACACGGACCGUCUGUGGAGAAGGACUCAAAUUUAUUACAGACGGGCAGUUUUUACUUCUUAUAAUUUUUAGUCCGGGAUAUAUAAACCAUUAACUAUCUCGUUAUACACCGAAUAAUAUAUUAUGUGCUUUUAUUUAAGUUCUUAGUAUAUAUUACUUUUUUUUUUUUAAAUAAUAGCAUCGCCAGUGCUGAAAAUGGGUACCCUCCGGACUAUGUUUUCCAAUUUUCAGCUUUAUUCAAAAUAGCUUUAUUUCAUUUUUAUUUUUCAGUUAGUUUGAGUUUUUUUUUUUUUUUUUUUUAAUCAACAUUUAACGUUGCUCAAUCAAUUUAUUUAUAUAUUGAGAUUUCGCAAGCGACUCAAUAAUUUAACUCGAAUAUCCUUGAGGUGAAAAAAAAUAAAAAAAAAAGACGAUGAACGGUCUGUCGGUGAGUGAGCUGUGCUGCCUCUUCUGCUGCCCCCCCUGCCCCGGCCGGAUCGCAGCCAAGCUGGCCUUCCUGCCUCCGGAGCCAACCUACGCCCUCCUGCCGGAGCUGGAGUCCGGGCCCCCCCCCAUGGGGGGAAGCGGGUCGCUGCGCGGCCGCACCCCCGACACCUCCUCCCGCUGGAAGCUGCACCUGACGGAGCGAGCCGAGUUCCAGUACUCGCAGCGGGAGCUCGACAGCACCGAGGUGUUCCUGACGCGCUCCAGCCGUGGGAAUCGCAUUGGCUGCAUGUACAUCCGCUGUGCGCCCUCCGCCAGGUUCACAGUCCUCUUCUCCCACGGGAACGCAGUGGACCUGGGGCAGAUGAGCAGCUUCUACAUCGGCCUGGGCACCCGCAUCAACUGCAACAUCUUCUCCUACGACUACUCGGGCUACGGGGUGAGCACGGGCAAGCCGUCCGAGAAGAACCUGUACGCAGACAUCGACGCCGCCUGGCAGGCACUGCGGACCAGGUUCGGGAUCAGCCCAGAGAAUAUCAUCCUGUACGGGCAGAGCAUUGGCACUGUGCCCACUGUGGACCUGGCAUCGCGCUACGAGUGCGCCGCGGUAGUGCUGCACUCCCCCCUCACCUCUGGCAUGAGAGUGGCAUUCCCAGACACCAAGAAGACCUACUGCUUCGACGCCUUCCCCAACAUCGAGAAGGUUUCCAAGAUCACCUCCCCCGUCCUCAUCAUCCACGGCACCGAGGACGAGGUCAUCGACUUCUCCCACGGGAUGGCCCUGUUCGAGCGCUGCACCAAGGCGGUGGAGCCGCUGUGGGUGGAGGGUGCUGGGCACAACGACAUCGAACUGUACAGCCAGUACCUGGACCGGCUGCGCAAGUUCAUCACACAAGACCUGGCGAGCCAGCGGACCUGAGCCAUGCCUCCCUGCCCUCCUCCCUCCCUGCCUGCCUGCCUGUGAGGUCCCUGUCUCUCCCUGCGUCUAUCUCUUUAUACCCCUCUGUAUAUCUCUUUCCAAUCCUGGCACCCAGGGAAAGAAACUGGGUUUUAAACCAAGCCUGCUUUUAUAUAUAGGGGUGUGUGUGUGUGUGUGUGUGUGUGUGUGUGUGUGUGUAUAUA